CGAGAGGGGGCAGCCUCACAUCUUCGGCGCGGCGCCUCACCACUACAGACAAGGCGCAGCCGUGGCGUCCACAGAGACCCCGCCAUGGUGGAGCCCAGAGCUAGAACACGACGCGGCGUUUCCGUGCACCAUCACCGAAUGGACGCGGGACGUACGACGGUGGAUGGCAGCCGCCAAGCUCACCGUGGAGCGCCAAGGGCCCAUGCUGAGCCUCGCCCUCGGCACGACGGCGCGGGCCAUCGCAGACGAGGUCUCGGUGGAGAUCCUGCAGCACGGCGCCGUGUUGGACCUCGGUGACGGGCGGGGCGCCGUGGCGAGGACAGGGGUGGAUGUUCUCUUGGCGGUGCUGCUCGCCAAGUUUCCUCCUGACCCAGAGGCGCAGGUGCUUCGCGCAGGGCUGGACUUUUUCAAGUUCACGCCGAGCAGCGACGAGGACCUGCGGGGCAUGUUCCUGAGGUUCGACCUCCUCUUGGACCCGCGGAAAUGGGCGGAGAUCCUGCGCGAGUGCGACCGCAGGCUGCUCAGAACCGAGCAGGAGUGCCAGCUGGUCAAGGCAAGGCUUCUCCGAGACCGAGCGAUCGAGGAGAACGUGUCGACCUUCCAGCCAGGCAGGGCUGGGGCGCCCGGCGUGUACUUCGCGGACGCCGACGAGGACCCGCUGCCGCUGUGCUUGGCCAUAGCGGCCGGCAGCGCCGAUGGUGCGACAGCUCGCCCCGCCCAGCGCGCUGCGAUCGGAAACGGUCAAAGCAGCGAUUCGGGACAGGACGUCUUCUUCGACCUCGGCCAAGCGGCGGGCGACGACGACGGCGAGACGUGCUGGGGCACCGACACCGAGUGGUGGGAGCUUGGGGCCGCCGAGGACCCGUGGCCGGCCGACCGCCUGGAGGCGGAACAGAGCGCGGCCGCAGACGACCCCCUCUACCUGACCCAGGUGUGGUGGGCUGCGCGGACGGCAGAGCGCCGGUAUCGUGCUGCGGCUGGCCGGUUCGCUCCCAAGCACAAGACCAAGCAGCGCCACGUAGGCGCCAAGCGCUACACCAAGCGCGGCCCUGCCCGCGCCGCCGGCGGCCCUCCGAGGCGCGGGUUCUUCGUGGGCCAGACCUUCGUGAGCAUGGGCCACGUGCCAGAGCUGGACAUCAAGGCCUUCUUCGAGGGCCGGUCCCGCGGCUACAACAAGGGCCGCGUCGAGCGCGGCGCUCCCAAGGUCGUGAAGUGCUACCGCUGCGGCAAGCCAGGCCACAUGGCUGCCGAGUGCAAGAGCCCGGACAACCUCUGCUACCACUGCGGCCAGCCAGGGCACCUGGCC